AUGAUUUCUUACUAUGAGAUCCAAGACGCCCAUCCUGUCUCGCCUCCCACAUACCAAUCUCUCAAGGGCCAUGAGCAAAUCUCUCAACAACCUAUCCAGGACCCAGAGCUUGCCGCGGAAUACUGGACCGACCUCUUUUCCCAUGUUGGAGCGCAACCCCAACUCCAUUCCUUCCCUCUCGAUCACCAAUGGCCACGAUCAGAGACUACUAUCCGGGCCCCUGAGCAUCUUUUCGAAGCGGCAUUAGACUUUAGUGAGAGAUACAGCAUUCGACUAGAUGACUUGAUCUAUGGGAUAUGGGCCCUGGUAUCUAUUCGACACACGGCGGGUGGCCACCGCACCGCUAUCUUCACGGUAGCCGGACGAGACCGGUCCUUCUUCGGACCAGAGUACACUCAGCAGGGGCUAGAAGAUCAGGAGGACUUCCCCCUGGUUCUGUCUGUGCCAGAAGAUAUGGAAGCUCUAUCGUGGAUUCGACAUGUUGGUACCGUCAGUGCUGAAGCAGCAACGCACUCGCACCUGGGCUACAAGCAGAUCCUCGCGCAAACAGGCGCCGCACCGCCGCAAGUCAAAGUGUCUAUUAUACCUGAUGACAGUGAAGAGGUGAUGACAACCGAUGCUGACUUUCCUCUCGUGCUGAACCUGUCGGCAUCCUCUGAGCUGAAGCUGAGCAUGCGGCAUAAUCUGGCCGUGCCACGGACCAACGUCCGAGUACUCCUUGACCACUUCGCUGCUACGCUGCAGCAGGUGGUUGAAAACCCGUCCGUAAACAUCGCAGCGGUGAAUUUGACAUCUCCAGCUGAGAGACAGCUACUCCAUGAAUACGGUAAGGCUGCCAUCCGGGCCCGUCGCGGGCUGGUGCACGCCCUGGUUGAGAAACAGGCUCGGCUGAGACCAGACGCUCACGCCGUUCAAUUCGAGCUGGAUGCUCCUCUUCCCUACGGCACAUUGAAUAAACGCGCAAACCAGUUGGCCCGGUUACUGCGCUCAUACGGUGCAACUUACAUUCCCGUGCACAUGCGCACGUCGACUGACUUCUUCGUUGCCCUGCUGGCUAUCCUGAAGGCUGGCGCUGCAUACGUGAUCCUGGACCCCGAUGCACCGGCCAGCCGCAAGUCCUUCAUAGUUGAGGAUGUCCAGGCAGACUUCGUCCUGGUGGACUCAGACACUGCGGGUGAAUUUGCUCGCGAGCACAAGGUCCGCGACUUGCUGAGCGAGUCCAUGGGCAACGACGACAGUGACUUGUCUCUCGAUCAAGACGUCACCUCUCUGGCAUAUGUGAUCUACACUUCCGGGUCAACAGGCAAGCCCAAAGCAGUCCUCCUAGAGCAUCAAGCCGCGUACAACGGUCUCCUGGCCUUCCCCAAAAUGCUCGACUUACGCCAGCUACUCUUCUUUAACCCCGUCUUCUCCGCAGCCCAGCGCUCCAUGUGGGCCACGCUCAGCGUCGGAGGAUGUCUGUGCCUGGCUAGCAAGGCUAAUUUGACCGUCCACCUGGCCAGAACCAUCAACAGCAUGCAUAUCACCUCCGUCGACAUGACCUCGACCACAGCAUCUCUCCUCUCACCGGACAACGUGCCCUCACUGCGCCGAAUGGUCCUAGGCGGCGAGCUGGUAAACCCAGCAGUGGUACAAACCUGGUCGCAUCACGUCGAGCUACUGUCUUCAUACGGCCUCAGCGAAUGUACACAGCUCAACUGGCGCUACAGACUCCAAGAUACCCAGAGCUCAUCCCGCAUCAUUGGUCAGCCCUUCGACACCACAACCUCCUACAUCCUCGUUCCCGGCACCACCGCCCUCUCUCCGCUGCUCAUCCCAGGUGAACUCUGUCUCGGUGGCGCCCAGCUCGCCCGUGGCUACCUGAACAACCCCGAAGAAACAGCCCGUCGCUUCAUUCCCAACCCCUUCGGUCAGGGCAAGCUCUAUCGCACAGGUGACCUUGCUGUGCGCCACGCCGACGGGUCAAUCGAGAUGAUCGGCCGGAUCGAUUUCCAGGUCAAGAUCAACGGUCAGCGCGUGGACCCGGCCGAGCCGAACGCCGUCAUUCAGUCCUAUGAAGAAGUCAAGCAGUCGGCUGUAGUGCCCGCUGCCGUGGGCGGGAAGACAGCUCUUGUGGGAGUGGUUGUGAGUCGCGCCGACGGCGACUGGGACUCACUCGUGGCGAAUCUGCGCACGUAUCUGGCGUCAAGAGUGCCGCGGUAUAUGGUCCCUGGGUUCUGGGUGCCGCUGGCUGCGUUGCCGACAAAUGCCAAUGGAAAGGUAGAUAUGGCUGCUAUUCGUGCGAUUGUCGAGGAUUUCGCAAAGUCGGGGCAGCUACUGCCGGAUAGACCUAAGAAUGGCACUAACGGGGUGGUCUUGACGGAGAAGGAGAUAAUUGUGCGCGCUCUCUGGGCGAGAUUCUUAUCCUUCGCUGAGGAGGAUAUCUCGGUGGAGGACUCAUUCGUGGCGCUAGGUGGUACAUCACUGGAAGCUAUCCAGGUUGUGUCUCAGCUGCAGACUGAGCAUGGGUUGAUUCUGCGCGUGGAGGAUAUCAUUCUCGGUCAGUCGCUGGCUCAGGUCGCUGGUCUCAUUCAGACCGGAGGCACUGCAGCGAAUGGUCAUGCGCCGUUUACGCUACUGCGCGAAAUUCCCUCCUUCGAGCGUUUCGGUAUCAACUCGGCCGACGUCGAGGACGCCUUCCCAGUAACGCCGUUCCAGGAAGCCAUCAUCGCCAACACCAUGCUUGGUGGCUCCAAGUACAUCUACAGCCGGUCAUACAGCUUCAAGGGACACAGUGCCUUGGCAGUCAAGCGUGCACUGACAUCCCUCAUGGACAGGGAGAUCUUUCUGCGCUCGACUUUCAUCCCAGACGGGGUAUCCUUCAUGCAAGUCGUACGCAAAUCUGCCCCUGUACCCUGGGAGACGUCCUCCACGGAUGUGAAAUCCUACAUGCAGGAGCAGAUUCAGAAGCCCAUGCACGCUGGCGGUCUAUGGUGGCGCGCAGCUGCCUUACCAAACAACGUCUUGGUGAUCACCAUCCACCAUGCGCUGUUCGACUACUGGUCCAGCGAGUUCCUCCCUCAGGACCUGUCCUCCCUCCUUACGGGGUCUGCACUUGUCCAGCGCCCUCUCUUCAGUCAAUAUGUGAAACAUCUCCAGCAGCACAACGAACCCACCAUGCAGACCUUCUGGAAGAAGUACCUCGACGGCGCAGUUCCUACCCGUCUAGGCACCCAAACCGAACAGCAGACCCUCGUCUCUGCUUCCCUAACCCUUGACAUGAAAUCCACAGCCUCUGCACUAAAAGUCACACCCAGUAUGCUUCUCUACGCCGCUUGGUCUCUCGUCCUUGCUCGCGCCACCUCCUCGCAGGACAUCGUGGCUGGUGUCACUCUCUCCGGAAGAGAGGCCCCCAUACCAGGUAUCCUACAGAUGAGCGGGCCUACGCUAAUGAUUGCUCCGCUGCGGGUAAAGGUCGAUCAGAACAGCUCGUUCGAGGAGCAUCUGGCCUCCGUGCAGGCUAGCCUGUGGGACGUGGCGCGACAUGCGCAGUACGGCCUGCGCAAGAUACUGAAAGUGAGUAGGCAGCCAAAGGAUCUUUUUGACACAACGGUCAACUUCCUCAUCAAGGUGGAUAAUAUGCCUGCUACGGCUGGAGGAUUGACCAUCCUGCCGGAGAAGAAUUACGGCACUCACGACUACAUCAAGUUGGAGCUGAGUAAUGAGGACUUGGGCCGCGUGACUCUGUCAUCUAUGCUGGAGGAUGGGUAUGCCAGGGUUCUGGUGCAGUCUGUCGCUGAUAUCUUGAAGGUUGCGGCAGAGGCACCAGAUACCAAGGUUGCGGGGUUGGAACUCGUGCGAGAUGGUGUGGUGAAUGGUGUUGAGAGGGAGGUCGAUGGGCCAGUGGAGGUUGCGAAGACCAGCCCAGCUGAUGAUGAGCUCGGCCACUCUGCCUUUCACCGCAUCGCCUGCAACUAUCCCUCUCGCACGGCUGUCGAAGAUGCCACCGGUGCCAGCAUCACCUACGCCGGUAUGACUAUCAAGGUGAACCAGCUGGCCGGGCUGCUGCGCGCCAAGGGCGUCGUCCUGGAACAGGUGGUUCCUCUUCUGUUGGAGAAGUCCAUCAGCACCAUAAUUGCCAUGCUGGGAGUCAUGGUCUCCGGAGGUGCCUUUCUGCCUCUUGGCCCGGAGAACCCUCGUGAGCGCAACCUGAGUAUCAUGGAGGACUGUGAAGCCAAGGUGGUCAUCACGGACCGCCAGAGCGCGGGCUUCUUCGACGAUCUCAUGUACGAUGUGAUCGUGAUCGAUGACCUGGACUGGGAUGCCAUGCCCAUCCAGCGCGAGAUCGUCCCCGAUCUCACCCCGGAUAACCUGGUGUACUUGAUCUACACCUCGGGCAGCACAGGUAAGCCCAAAGGCACGUUGCUCACGCACCGAGCUUUAGCCACAGCAGUGGAGGGCAUCAUCGAGUCGACAGAGAUGGACAACUCGCACCGGAUUCUCUGGGCACUGAACUACACUUUUGACGGAUCGUUCUUUUCCCUCUUCUCAGCCCUAGCCACCGGCUGCACGCUCUGCGUAGCACCCCAAAGCACCAUCGUCGGAAACCUAGCCGGCCUGAUCAACGCCAUGCAAGUCACUGCUGUCUGCGUGACGCCCACCAUGGCCGGUCUAUUCCAUCCAGACGACGUGCCCACGCUGCAAAUCCUCGCCACCGGCGGCGAGCCUGUCACGCCGCACAUGCAGACCGUCUGGGCGCCGCGCAUCACCGUCCAUAGCGCCUAUGGGCCAACCGAAGCCACUAUCUGCGUCACCACAACGAACGUCACUCCAGACAUGAACCUGCGUAACAUCGGCCGGCCCUACCGCAAUGUGACGGCGCAGAUCUUUGACCCAGACACCUUGCUGCCUGUUCCAGCUGGAGAAAUCGGCGAGUUGUGUCUUGCUGGCCCGCAGCUGGCAAGGGGGUAUCUGAAGCGUCCAGAUGCCACAGACAAGGUAUUCCGGCACCGGCCAGACGGAAUAAUUUACCAGACUGGCGAUCUAGCGAGAUGGCUGCCCAGCGGGGAGAUCGAGCUCUUCGGCCGCAAGGAUGACCAGGUCAAGAUCAACGGCUAUCGGAUCGAGUUGGGAGAGAUCGAGAGUGUUAUUAUGCAGACGGGGCUGUUCAGCCAGUGUGCUGUCAUUGCCGCGACAGUGCUCAAGAAGAAGCAGCUCGUUGCGUUCUGCUCGACUUCUGCCCCGGGCUCGAGGGAGGUUGUGCUGCUAGCCCCAGAGCAGGCGCCCAUUCUGGAUGAAAUCAAGGACCAUCUCACCACCCUGCCCAAGUACAUGGUCCCCUCGAUCUGGCUUCCACUGUCAGACUUCCCGCUCAUGGGCUCGGGCAAGAUCGACCGCAAGCGGUUGCUGGCUCUCGCUCAGGACCUAGCUGACGACGAACUCAAGGCCUAUCUGCCUGCUGAGGAGAUCUCAGCCAUCACAUCUCCAGCAGAACACAAAUUGCAGCACCUCUGGGCCAAGCUCUUCGACACCCCGGCCGAUGAUAUCCACGCCAACUCGACCUUCCACGCCCUUGGCGGCGACUCCAUCUCGGCCUUGAACCUCGUCAGUCUUCUCCGACAAGAAGGAUACCAGGUGCGGGUCAACGACAUCCUCUCAUCCCGGACACUGCGCGACCAGGCCGCGCUGCUGAUUGAGGAGCCUGCUGCUGCUGCAACUCCAUCCACAGCUUUAGCUGUCCCAGACUUCCAGCCGACGGAAACAAUCCUGACUACGCAGCUCACGCAGCACAACCAGAUCCUGCGCGCGCUGUACCUGUACGCAGACGAGAGCCGUGAUCCCCGCACAGCAGUGCAGGUUGUUCUGCGCGAUGAAACCCUCAACCUCACCUACCACACCUACACCACCGAAGAAGAGAAGCAAUCCCUCAUUGACAACAACUGGGAGGAACGCUUCGAUCCAGCACGACCAUUUGUGCGCUACGCCCUCCUCACAGACGCCACCACAGGAGCCAAAGACCUCGUCAUCAAACUCGAUCAUGCCUCCUACGACGGCACCUUACUACACAUCUUCGACGACCAGUUCCUAGCCCUCGCGCGCAAUGAGCCUAUCCCAGAAUGCACCCCCUUCAAAGAAUACAUCAACUACAUCACAUCGCUCCCGAAACAACCCCAGCUAGAUUACUGGACGAAUCUCCUUAAACCCUACCACAACGAUACCACAACGACACCCUACCUCUCCACCCUCCAAAACCCAUCAUUGAACAACAUAACAACCUACCCCAUCCCAGCAUACAUGGGCAUCGACGCCCUCGCCACAACCCACAACGUGACUCCAUCAGUUAUAUUCCAAACGGCGUUUUCACUUCUCCUUUCUCACCUCAACACCUCAUCCCACGGGCAAAAGCAAAGCAUAGUCUACGACACCCUAACAACAGCCCGCAACGUCCCCAUUCCAAAACCCCAAAGCAUAACCGGCACGUGCGCAAACUUCCUACCCUUCCUCUCUACUAUCGACAAAUCUCAGUCUGUUAGGUCUCUGCUACAGGAUACCCAGCGAGAUUUCUGGACUUCUGCAGACCAUGCUGCUGUUUCACUGUCGGAGAUAUACGAGGCAUUGGAAGUGGAUAGGGAUGUGGAAGGCGCGAAAGCGUUGUUCUGUUUCCAGCCGUUUGAGAAGAAGUUUGACGGGAAGGAGGAGGAUGCGAUGAGGUGGAUCGUGAUGAAGAUGAGUAAGAAUACGAUGAAGUUCAAUUACGGGGUGCAGCUGGAGGUGGGGAAGGGGGCCGAGAGGGGGAGUUAUGUCGUCAGGUUUUAUUGGGAUGGGAGGGUGUUUAAUCAGCAGGAGGCGAGGAGGGCGGUGGAGUUGUAUGGGAGGGUGUUGGGGGAGUUGGGGAGGGGGGAGAAUAUUGGGGAUUUGGAGGUGGAAUUUGAAUAG